GCCAGUAGCUUUACUGACGGAGCCGGACUUUGUUGGUCCAAUGUCUAACCUGACAGUUCCUCUAGGCAAGGAAGCGGUGCUGUCGUGUCUCAUAGACAAACUAGGGAAAUACAGGGUUGGCUGGCUCCGCGCCGAAGACCAAACCAUCUUGAGUCUUCAUACGAGGGUCGUCACACACAACUCCAGGAUAUCAGUGACGCAUGACAACCAUCGCAACUGGCAACUGCACAUCAAACAAGUCAAAGAAUCUGACAGAGGAUGUUACAUGUGUCAGGUUAACACGAACAUCAUGAAGAAGAUGGUCGGCUGCAUAGACGUGCUGGUUCCACCAGACAUAAUCAAUGACGAGUCGUCUUCAGACACGUCAGUGCAGGAGGGAGAAAACGCUACUUUGAUUUGCACCGCCUCAGGGCAUCCGACUCCUAGAAUCUUCUGGAGAAGAGAGGACCAGGAUGGCAUCAUCAUACGGAAGGGACCGAGGGACAUACUGAAAUUGGACGCGUACAAUGGCAGUGCGAUGACCUUCUGGAAGGUAGACCGAAGGCAAAUGGGAGUCUAUUUCUGCAUCGCCAGCAACGACGUUCCUCCAGCGGUCAGCAAGCGGGUCACCUUCAAUGUCAAUUUUGCUCCGGUCAUUAAGGUGCCCAACCAACUUCUAGGAGCUCCUCUGGGAACGGACGUGCAACUGGAGUGUUACGUGGAAGCCUUCCCAAACACAAUCAACUACUGGAUAAAAAACCGUGGGGAGAUGCUCCUGGAUGGAGUGAAGUACUCUAUCCACGAGAACAGAUCCAACUACAAGGUUUUCAUGUGGCUGAUCAUCAGGCAGUUCAGCCAAGCAGACAUUGGCACGUAUAACUGCGUCAGCACAAACUCACUAGGUCGUGCUGAGGGAACUCUUAGACUUUACGGAUUGGCGGAAACCACAAAGAGCCACACUUCCGCUUCCAACGGAAGUCGAGAAAACAGCGAUUCUUCCGGAAGCUGUCUGUUAGCGUCCUCUCUGCUGUUAGCUUCCGCCGCCAUUUUGUCAUCGAGGUAACCUUUUUGAAGGUGACAUUUCCACGACUGAAAUAAGUGUUUCCUUCCCAAGAGGACUCGAUGGGUUUUCACAGUGUUGGCAAAAAGGUUUCUUCCAAUUUAGAAUUGAAAAGCUUUAAUCCUUAUUUUUAUUAACAAUCCUGUUAGGCAAAGGAAAAUUCGCUGUAAAAAACAGAUUAUUAGAAGAAAUAAAAAAUAUAU